GGAAGGGGACGUGGAGGCAGCUAGUUGUAUACAAGGCUUUGAAACGUUUUGAAAACAGGAGGAGGCGAUAAAUGUGACAGCGGGUCUCCUCUGCAGGAGAGGAACCGAGAGGAGCUCGGUGCUGAAGGGGUUAAACGUUGGUCAAGUUCGUUCGCAGUGAGUGAGUGGCUCUGGGGGGCCAGAAGCCCGCGAGAGAGGCAGCAGCCCGUUGCCUCUGCGCUUUGGAGCGAGAGAGAGAGAGAGCCGCAGAUUCCAGCGCAGCGGCCACAGAGCCGGGAAGGAGGCGUCCCGUGCCCCGCGGAGACCGGAGAGCCGGGGAUGGAAAUGGGUCCCAUGGAACGUGUGCAUCUCCAGGGAUAAAGGCAGGGGUGCAUCGAGGUUUCCUUAACAAAGCGAUGCACACUUAGCGAGGAAGCCUUUUCACUGCACGGAGCGUUGCGUUGUACCCACAACCCCCUCCACGUUUUAUUUGUUUUGUGGCAAAACUUGGUGCCCAGCAAGAGACUGAAAGCAAUGUUGCCCCUCUUUGGAUACCGCUGAAAGAGGGGGGCAAUAAGUUUUUUUUCUCUCUGGGGAGAGGACUGGGAGGCGAUGCCAGAGUGAGGCGUGUGGGGAGGCAAAGCCAUGGAAAAUUACACAAAAAUCCGCAAAAGCGAGGAGGAGAGCCCCUUGCCCUUCGCGAACCUGCCGGAGGACAUCGUGGAGAUGCGGGUCAAGGAAGGAAGCAAGAUCAGGAACCUGAUGGGGUUCGCGAUCGGCCGGAUGGAGCUGGAAGGCACCCGGCAGAUGGUGUUCACCGGCUCGGGCAGGGCGGUCACGAAGACCAUCACCUGCGCGGAAAUCAUGAAAAGGCGAAUCAAGGGUCUCCACCAGAUCACCAGGUUGCGCUACAAGAGCCUACGGGAGACAUGGCAACUCCGCGAGCCCCAGGAAGGCGCCCACAACCUCACCCUCCUGAAAAACGUCCCGGCCAUCUGCAUCCUCCUGUCAAAAGAGCCCCUGGACCCGAGUGAGAGUGGCUACCAGCCCCCGGACGCUGACGAUAGCCUGUGGGUUGGCCAGACAGACAGGGAAGUCGGAGAGAUGGAGACCACAUCGGCUUCCAGGGGUAUCAAGCGCACCCUGUGCUGCGGAAGUCAAGAAAUGGUUAGAAAAGUCACAAGGGAAGAUCAUCAAGUCGACCCCUCCUCUAACUAUAACUACCCACUGAACUACCAGCAGUAACACUGCAUUCACAGUAGAAGAGAGAAGUACAAUAGAAUCAAUGAAAACACACAAAGAUUGACAAGCAACCACUGUGCAAAAGAAGACAAAUUGUACAAAUAAAAAAGGACAUAAAUAACACCGAGAACACGAGUUGUAGAGUCC